AUGACGGAGACAUAUUAUACACCCGACCGCGAUUUCUUGAUUCGCAAAUUCCGAGACAACCCUGAAUACACCUUACAUACCGCCUUAGUCCACGGCAACCUCCCCCAGAUCCGAGAGCUACUGACAGCCGACUACGACAUUGACAAGCUCCACGAUUACGAGGGGUCAUCUAAAGGCUGGGGCACACCACUACAUGUAGCAAUAUGGAGCAACCAGCCCGCCGCCUUCGAGCUUCUCAUCAUCCGGGGCGCCGACAUCGACCUCGUGGAUGCUGGAGAUGAGAUGCGCUUUCCAGAUACACCCAUUCGUGUGGCCGUACGCCUUGGCCGUCGCGCCAUGUUCAAGCGACUCUGGGACUUGGGCGCAGAGCGCAACAAAUAUCCUUCCAAUAUGCGUACCCGCCACUCACUCGUCGAAGCUGCUGCGUGCGAUGGGCAAGCACACGUCCUUCGAGAUCUACUUCACUGGGACGAAAGCUGGACCGAGGACCAACGGAUUCGAGCGUUGAUGAUGGCGUGUAAUCAAGGCCAUGUCCUUGUGAUAACGACUCUACUUAUCGAAUGCGCGUACAGCAUGACCGUCUUAGAGAAUGCAAUAAGUGCCGCGAUGGACGCUGAAUUUCCUUUGGAUACCAGGUGCAAAGCCUCGGAGCAUGAAAAAAAGCUUAAGCAGCAAGAACGCUCGAUGCGCCGGGCGGCGACUGUAAUGCACUUGCUGGAUGAGCAUAACCGCGUCGGAAGCGCAGAUGGUACUCAGACAUACGACUGUUCCGCACUCUGA